UCUCCGUCGACACUGAAUCCUCUCUGAGCUCAGACCUGAAACCUGAACCCAGAAACAAGUCCUUCAGACCUUCAGAUCUUCAGACUUCCAUCAUGAAAACUCUGCUGCUGCUCGUCGCUCUGAUGUUCUGCUGCUGCAUCUCCAGGCUGGAUGCCUUGUCUGGACUCGGCUGCCGCUGCAUCCGGACGGUUCCUAAUCCGGUUCCUGCUCGAGCCGUGAAGAAGAUCGAAGUGAUUCCAGUUUCUGGUCGCUGCCGCCGAACCGAGAUCCUGAUCACUAAGAGGAAUGGAUCCAUAGUUUGUGUCCCUCCUAAAGCCAAAUGGUUCCCAGAACUCCUUGAAACACUGCAGAGGACGAGAUGUGACAGGAAGCGGGCUAGGUCUUGUGUUGACAGUCGAUUAAUGCCAUAAUGGAGAAACUUGACUCUGAGCUCCACUGCUCUGCCUCCCACUGUUUCAACAACAGACUUCUGAUCAGGUUUUGUUGAAGCUCUAGAUUAACAGGAGGAAGCUGAGCCACUGAGGAGAUUUUUUUAUAACGAUUUCCUUCAAUCAAGCGACUUUUUCUGGUGCUUAUCUUAUGGAAAAAUUCUUAAAACGGUGCAUAAACUUGGUCUUAGUGCAGCAUUACCAGCCUCAGUGGCCGAUGUUCAACAGAUUUACUGUUUAACUGUGAUAAUGAAUCAUUUUAAGGAUGCUAAGUGAUGUAAAUGUAAAAAAAAAAAUGACUAUAAAAAUGCUUCUAAAAUGAAAUAAAACAGUGAAACAAGGGGGAAAAAA